CGAUAAAGAGCGAGGCCGAGCGCGGCGGGGAGGAAGCGAACGGCUCCGUGGAAGCAGCGGAGCCGCGGCCGCAGAGCGCCCGCCCCGGCCGGACCCGAGUUCCCGGCGGCGGCUCGGCCGGGCCCGGCGGAGGGUGCGGGAUCGGGGCCGGGUGGCCGCGCCCGCAGCCCCGCACCAUGCCCGCCGCACUGCCCAGCCUCCUAGCCUGGCUGGCGGUGUUGCUGCUCGGCAGGGCCCGCCCGGCCGACGCCUGCAGCUGCUCGCCCAUCCACCCGCAGCAGGCCUUCUGCAACGCCGACGUAGUGAUCCGAGCCAAGGCCGUCUCUGCGAAAGAGGUGGAUUCGGGGAAUGAUAUAUACGGGAAUCCAAUCAAACGCAUCCAGUAUGAAAUCAAGCAGAUCAAGAUGUUCAAGGGCCCUGACCAGGACAUAGAGUUCAUCUACACGGCUCCAUCCACUGCCGUGUGYGGCCGGCUGCUGGACACCGGCGGGAAGAAGGAGUAUCUCAUCGCAGGCAAGUCAGAGGGCAAYGGCAAGAUGCACAUCACACUCUGUGACUUGGUGUCCACCUGGGACUCGCUGACCCCAACCCAGAAGAAGAGCCUAAACCAGCGGUACCAGAUGGGCUGCGAGUGCAAGAUCUCGCGCUGCCUCUCCAUCCCCUGCUUCGUCUCCUCCUCGGAUGAGUGUCUCUGGACAGACUGGGCAAUGGAGAAGAACAACGUGGAUGGGCGGCAGGCAAAGCACUACGCCUGCAUCAAGAGGAGCGACGGCUCGUGCGCCUGGUACCGCGGCAUGGCCCCCCCCAAGCAAGAGUUUCUCGACAUUGAGGACCCCUAAGCCAAACGAGCGCAUUCCAGUAGCCAGUAGAAAAAACCYGCAAGAUGUUAGACUGGUCCACACUGAUAUCAAAUCCCGGAGACAGCAUGAAAAUCCACUCGGCUGCAGGGGRUCCCAGUGGCUGCCACAUGCAUGUGAGGGACAGGGACAGCCUGCUCUGUGGCAGGCUCCUGGCAGCCCAUAGCCACACUGGGCA